AUGGGAAGCCUCGCCGAUGAUAUGAAUAAAUCAACGCCCGAGAUACAAGUAAGAGAACUACAACCUUACUUUGGUGCCGAAAUAUCGGGGGUCAACCUGUCAACGCCUAUCUCAGACGCCGUCUUUGAGAAUAUCGUUGCACUGUCCGCAAAGUACGGCGUGAUCGUUUUUCGUAGCACUGGUCUUGAUGACACCAGUCACGUCGAGCUCGCUCGCCGUUUUGGGCCCCUCUUUAGCAUGAGAAAUGUGCUUGGUGAUACGGAAACACGACUGAAGACCCAUGAGCUUGCUGAUUUGAGCAACGUCGACCCGGACACAGGAGAGCCUGUCGCAGCCGAGGGACCUAAAGCGCAAAUUGGCAAACUCGCAUCCUUUUUCCAUGCGGAUCUUGCAUACAAUCAGCAGCGAGCCUCCUGGAGUCUUCUGAGAGCGCACGAAAUCCCGCCGCCAGGGUACGGAGGCGACACUAUCUUUGCUGAUACUAGGACUGCCUUCGACGAGCUGGACGAUGUGGAGAAGGGACUCAAGGAAAGACUGUUAUCUAAGAAUUACUUUGGCGUUCACUCGUGGCAGCAUGCACAGAAAAUCAGUAACCCCGAUUUGUUUCACGAUCUGGACCCCUCAGCAUAUCCUAUGGCCAAGCACCAGCUUAUAGAGUUGCACAAACCCUCUCACAGGAUGAAUCUCUACGUUGGGCUGUACAUGCACCAUAUUGAAUGCGCACCCGAGGAGGACGAAGAGAUGGCAGAGCUCCAACAGAAGCUGCUGACACACGCCACCCAAGCCAAAUACCAAUUACCUGUGGAGUGGCAUCAUCCAGGUGACUUGGUAAUAUGGGACAAUAGGACUGUAUUACACAAAGCUGGUCCGGGAAGCUAUGCUGGACGGUUCAGAAGGGACUUGAGACGCGCAACUGUGCUGGAUACCUGA